AUGUUACCAGCCAUCAUUUUUUCCCUCCAUUUCUUUUUUCUUUUUCUUUUUUCUAUUUCUUUUUGCUUCCUUUUCUUUCUCUUUUUCAUUUCUUUUUCUUCCUUUUCUUUUCUAUUUCUUUUUGCUUCCUUUUCUUUCUCUUUUUUCUAUUUUUUUUCUUUAUUUUUUCUAUUUUUUUUUCCUUUUUUUCCUUUUUUUUUUUUAUUCCUUUUUUUCUUUUUCUAUUUUUUUUUUCUAUUUUCUAAUUCUUUUUUCUUCCUUUUUUUUUCUAUUUCUUUUUUCUUCCUUUUCUAUUUUCUAAUUUUUUUUCUUCCUUUUCUUUCUUUUUCUAUUUUUUUUCUUCCUUUUCUUUUUCUAUUUUCUAAUUCUUUUUUUCUUUUUUCUUUUUCUAUUUCUUUUUCUUCCUUUUCUUUUCUCUUUUUAAUUCUUUUUCUUCCUUUUUUUUUUUUUCUUCCUUUUCUUUUCUAUUUUCUAAUUUUCCUUUUCUUUUCUUUUUCUAUUUCUUUUUUUCUUCCUUUUCUUUUUCUAUUUUCUAAUUCUUUUUUUUUCCUUUUCUUUUCUUUUUUAUUUUUCUUUUUUCUUUUCUAUUUUCUAAUUCUUUUUUCUUCCUUUUCAUUCUCUUUUUUCUUUCUUUUUUUCUUCCUUUUCUUUUCUAUUUUAUUUUCUUUUUUUUUCUUUUCUAUUUCUUUUUUUUUCUUUUUCUAUUUUUCUUUUUCUUUUUUUUCUUUUUCAUUUUUUUUCUUCCUUUUCUUUUUCUAUUUUCUUUUUUUUCUUUUUUUUCUUUUUUUUCUUUUUUCUUCCUUUUUUUCUUUUCUAUUUCUUUUUCUUCCUUUUCUUUUCUAUUUUCUAAUUCUUUUUCUUCCUUUUCUUUCUCUUUUUUCUAUUUCUUUUUUCUUCCUUUUCUUUUUCUAUUCUUUUUUUUUCCUUUUCUUUUUCUAUUUCUUUUUUCUUCCUUUUUUCUCUUUUAUUUUUUUUUCUUCCUUUUUUUUCUAUUUUCUAAUUCUUUUUUUCCUUUUCAUUCUCUUUUUCUAUUUCUUUUUUUCUUCCUUUUCUUUUUUCUAUUUUCUAAUUCUUUUUCUUCCUUUUCUUUUCUUUUCUAUUUCUUUUUUUUCUUCCUUUUUCUUUUCUUUUUCUAUUUCUUUUUCUUCCUUUUCUUUUUCUAUUUUCUAA